AUGCCUACCGACCUGCGCCAAGUGCUGCGGCGGUGGGGCGCACCGAGCACCAACUCGCCGAUAGCGCGGCGCAUCCGCAUUGUCAUUGUGCUGCUGGUUGUGUUUGGCGUGUUCUGGUGGCUGCUCCAGAUGGCGUCGAGCGACCGCUUGCACCCGAUUGACCAGAGCGAGGCCCUCUUCCACGCCGUCUACGGGACGCCGAUGCCGUCGCGCGACUUCAAGUGCUACGAGUCGAGCAGAUUCCAGUACCAGCUCACGGCGUUCGCCAUCUUCCGAGACGCAGACAAGUACCUCAAGGAGUGGAUAGAGUUCCACAGACUGGUCGGCUUUGACCACUUCCUCAUGUACAACAACAACUCGACAGACAACUUCCGCGAGGUGCUCGUUCCGUACAUGCGAGCUGGACUCGUCACGCUGAUAGAUUUCCCGACCAUUCUGACGCACGAUAUCUCGGGCUAUCUCAUCCAGAACACGCAAAAAGUCGGCAUCAUUGAUGGCGUCCAGCGCUUCCGAUGCCUGACGCGCUACAUGGGCAUCUUUGACAUUGACGAAUUCUUCUUCCCAACGUCGCCCAAGCAGUCGUUGCUCACACUAAUGAACACGUUCGUGGGUAGCGGCAAAUGCGGCGGCGUUGCCGCCUGGCGACUCAACUUUGGCUCCAACAACCACACGACGACUCCGCCCGGACUGGUCCUGGAAGAGUACACGCGUCGCAGCAACGAAGUCAUCACUGGCAAGAAGGUCUUGUUCAACCCAAGGCAGAUGGCCGGUCUGCACAACACCCACAGCUUGUACUUUUACGACGGCAAGCCCUUGUGCGAUGAAAAGUUCCGCGAGCUCGACGACUGA